GGUUGGCGACACUGUCUUUUGUUUGUUUUGUUUUGAUUCCAAAGUUUUGAUUUACAGUUUUUUACACUACCGUAAAUAUUUUAAUUAAUUCAGGAUGAACAUAGAAAGUGCCGCUAUAAAUAUAAUAAAGAGAGGAGUAGAAUUGGACACCAAAAAACGAUAUACAGAAGCACUCGUGUGUUAUCAGGAAGGUCUUCAGAUUUUGGUGGAUAAAAUGAAAAGUGAGAUUGAUGAAGCUACAAGAACUUACCUUAGAAAAAAGGUGGAGGAAUAUAUGAAACGAGCAGAAGCAAUUAAGAAGUUAGUGAUUCAACAAAAAGAAGCAGGCCAGUUCCAUGAGCUAGUUCAUAUUGAGAACAAUUCUACCGGACAUAGUUACAAGACUUUAUUUGGCCGUUUUCUCGAUGAGGAAGUACAGUAUGUAGUGGUCGAGGAUCCAUAUAUUAGGAGCUUUCACCAGUGUCAAAACUUCCUGCGACUAUGUGAGCUGUUAGUACGAUCCUGUUCGAAUUUAAGGCAUUUAGAGCUAAUAACGUCUAGAGACGGUCGCUCGGAGGGUGACCAAAGGGAGUGGUUUAGUAAUUUGUCAAGUGAUCUGACGAAAUACAGAGUAAAACUCAUUGUAAAGUAUUCAGAGACUUUGCACGAUAGACAAAUAAUAUUAAGUUCGGGGUGGAUAAUAAAAAUAGGUAGAGGCUUAGACUUUUUCAAAGCCCCUGAAAAUAAAUUUUGUUUGGGAGUUUACGACAUGGAUUUGAGGCCGUGCCACGAAACUACUGUCGAUAUAGUUCAUUCUAAGAAUGUGAAGCAGUCGUAUGGAUGAGACAAAAUUGUUUAAAAAAAAUUAAUUAUUUAUAGGAAUAAAUUAUGGUUUUGCUGUUAUUUUGUAAGUAAUAAAUCAUUUUUUUUUA